AUGGCGGUCCCAUACAACGCGCUUUUCUGGGACGCUGGUCUGGCGACAGUGGGGAAUAGUCAAGUAGAAGAACUUCAGCUCUCAAACUGGUUUAAUCCCAGAAAACGCCCUGAUGUGAUCACGGCCACAAACUGCCUUGCUCCUAUUGUCUGGGAAGGCACUUUCAGUAGACAGGUGCUGGAAAAACACUAUAGAAAGAAGAACCUCCCCCUGGGCUUGGCUGUCUUUGCUAUUGGCAGGUUUGCAGAGCAGUACCUGGAACUGUUCUUACACUCGGCAGGUAAGUACUUCAUGACCGGCUACAGAGUGGUCUUCUACAUCAUGCUGGACACCCUCAGCAGGCUGCCCCAGCUCGAGCGGGGGCCCCUCCGACAGUUCAGAGUGUUUACCGUCACAGAGGACAGCUGGCCGGACGGCGUCCACCUGAUGCGUAUGAAGAGCUUGGGCAAGCACAUCGUCCACAUCCAGGGCGAAGUCGACUUCCUCUUCAGUAUGACCGUCACCCAGAUCUUGCAGAACGACGUCGGGGUGGAGGUCCUGGGCACGUCUGUGGCUCAGCUCCACGCCUGGUGGUACUUUAAGAACCCCGGGAGUUUCCCCUACGAGAGGAGGCCCAAGUCAGCAGCUUGCAUUCCGUUUGGCCAGGGUGAUUUCUAUUACGACGGCGCGUUUGUGGGCGGCACGCCCCUCGAGAUCCUAAACCUCGUUGAGGAGUACCUGAAAAGUGUCAUUCAUGACCUCAAACUCGGGCUGAACAGCACCUAUGAAAAAUACCUCAACAAAUACUUUUUCCUCCGGAAGCCCACCAAGCCGUUAUCCCCAGAAUACAACUGGGACGCUGAGUUUUACCCGCCGCCCCAGGUUCAGUACGUCAAGGUGGCCCAGCAGUCCAAAAGGAGAUUUUGACUCGCCGGGGACCUCAGGUACCACCAGCGACAGUUCCUUAGAAUGUGGGAUGUCUUGAAACAUUCCAGGUUUCAGAGACAUAGACAUAUACACUCAUCCACGAGAAAUUUUUCCCCCUGCAGUGUUGAACCAUCCAAUUUGGCCAAUGCAGGAUA